AUGGCAGGGCGGUUGCUUGCACCACCAGGCCCUGACAGUUUUAGGCCUUUCACUCCGGAAUCUCUGGCUAACAUUGAGAAGCGCAUUGCAGAAGAUAAGAAGAAGCGUCCUAAGCAAGACAGCAGUCACAGAGAUGACGAUGAAGAUAAUAAACCAAAACCAAACAGUGACCUGGAGGCAGGGAAGAGUUUGCCUUUCAUCUACGGGGACAUCCCCAAAGGCCUGGUCGCUGUGCCACUGGAGGACUUUGACCCUUACUAUAUGACGCAGAAAACCUUUGUAGUACUAAACAGAGGCAAAACACUCUUCCGAUUUAGUGCCACGCCUGCCUUGUACAUUUUAAGUCCUUUUAAUCUGUUGAGGAGAAUAGCUAUUAAAAUUUUGAUACAUUCAGUAUUUAGCAUGAUCAUUAUGUGCACUAUUUUGACGAACUGUGUGUUCAUGACUUUUAGUAACCCACCAGAAUGGUCGAAACAGGUGGAGUACACAUUCACUGGUAUAUAUACAUUUGAAUCCCUUGUAAAAAUUAUUGCAAGAGGCUUCUGCAUAGAUAGUUUCACUUUUCUUCGUGACGCAUGGAACUGGCUAGACUUCAGUGUCAUCAUGAUGGCAUAUGUCACAGAGUUUGUGGACCUUGGGAAUGUGUCAGCCUUGAGAACUUUCAGAGUUCUCCGAGCUUUGAAAACUAUCUCUGUCAUUCCAGGCCUGAAGACUAUUGUGGGAGCCCUGGUCCAGUCUGUGAAGAAACUCUCCGAUGUGAUGAUUUUGACUGUGUUUUGCCUCAGUGUAUUUGCUUUAAUUGGGCUACAGCUAUUCAUGGGGAAUCUAAGGAACAAAUGUGUCGUCUGGCCCAUCGAUCUCAAUGAGACCUACCUAGAAAAUGGCACCAAGGGAUUUGAUUGGGAAGAAUACAGCAACAAUAUGUCAAAUUUUUACACAAUACCUGGGUUUCUUGAUCCAUUGUUAUGUGGUAAUAGUUCUGAUGCAGGCCAGUGCCCAGAAGGAUACACGUGUAUGAAAGCAGGGAGGAAUCCAAACUACGGCUAUACCAGUUUUGAUACUUUUAGUUGGGCCUUCCUGGCCUUAUUUCGCCUCAUGACUCAGGACUUUUGGGAAAACUUGUAUCAGUUAACAUUGCGAGCAGCAGGAAAAACCUACAUGAUCUUUUUUGUCCUCGUUAUUUUUGUUGGAUCAUUCUACUUGGUGAACUUGAUUUUGGCUGUAGUGGCUAUGGCCUAUGAAGAACAAAACCAGGCUACAUUGGAAGAGGCAGAGCAGAAGGAAGCAGAAUUCAAGGCCAUGUUGGAACAACUGAAAAAGCAACAGGAGGAAGCCCAGGCUGCAGCCAUGGCUACCUCAGCAGGGACCGUGUCUGAUGAUGCUGCAGAAGAAGAUGGUGGGGGAAGAAUGUCUCACACUUCUUCUGAGUUCUCCAAGCUCAGCUCUAAGAGUGCCAAAGAGAGACGAAACAGAAGGAAAAAGCGGAAGGAAAAGGAGCUCUCGGAAGGAGAGGAGAAGGGAGAUCUUGAGAAAGUAUUUAAGUCAGAAUCAGAAGAUGGAAUGAGGAGGAAGGUCUUCCGCUUGCCAGACAACAGGCUAGGCCGGAAGCUCUCCAUUAUGAACCAGUCACUGCUUAGCAUUCCAGGAUCGCCAUAUCUCUCUCGACACAACAGCAAAAGCAGCAUUUUCAGCUUCAAGAGAGGGUUCCGGGAUCCUGGGUCAGAGAAUGAAUUUGCCGAUGAUGAGCACAGCACAGUGGAAGAGAGCGAGGGCAGGAGGGAUUCACUCUUCAUCCCAAUCCGAGGCUAUGACAGGAAAAGCAGCUACAGCGGUUACAGUGGUUAUAGCCAAGGAAGCCGGUCAUCACGCAUUUUUCCCAGCAUCCGUCGGAAUAUGAAGCGGAAUAGCACUGUGGACUGUAAUGGUGUCGUCUCCCUGAUCGGUGGCCCAACCUCCAACAUCCCCAGCGGGCGACUUUUGCCUGAGGUGAAAAUAGAUAAGGCAGCUACUGAUGACAGUGCAACCACAGAAGUAGAGAUUAAGAAGAAAUCCACUGGGUCACUUCUGGUGUCAAUGGACCAACUGAAUGCUUCAUAUGGAAGAAAAGAUCGAACCAAUAGUAUAAUGACAGUCAUAACAAAUACCCUUGUAGAAGAACUGGAAGAAUCCCAAAGAAAAUGUCCCCCUUGCUGGUACAAAUUUGCUAAUACCUUCCUCAUUUGGGAGUGCCACCCACACUGGGUGAAGUUAAAAGAGAUUGUCAACCUGAUUGUCAUGGAUCCUUUUGUGGAUUUAGCCAUUACUAUCUGUAUUGUUCUAAAUACUCUUUUCAUGGCAAUGGAACAUCAUCCCAUGACCCCAACGUUUGAGCAUGUCUUGGCUGUAGGAAAUCUGGUUUUUACUGGAAUUUUUACAGCUGAAAUGUUCCUGAAACUGAUAGCAAUGGAUCCAUACUACUAUUUUCAAGAAGGGUGGAACAUUUUUGAUGGAUUUAUUGUCUCACUCAGUUUACUAGAACUGAUGCUAGCAGAUGUGGAGGGGCUUUCUGUGCUGCGAUCUUUCCGAUUGCUGAGAGUCUUCAAACUGGCAAAAUCCUGGCCAACUUUGAACAUGCUGAUAAAAAUCAUUGGUAAUUCAGUGGGUGCCUUGGGGAACCUGACCUUGGUGCUGGCCAUCAUUGUUUUCAUAUUUGCUGUAGUGGGGAUGCAGCUUUUUGGCAAGAACUACAAGGAAUGUGUCUGCAAGAUCAACCCUGACUGUGAUCUUCCACGAUGGCAUAUGCAUGACUUCUUCCACUCUUUCCUUAUCGUCUUCCGUGUACUAUGUGGAGAAUGGAUUGAAACUAUGUGGGACUGUAUGGAAGUGGCAGGACAGGCAAUGUGCCUUAUUGUCUUCAUGAUGGUGAUGGUCAUUGGAAAUCUGGUGGUGCUGAAUCUGUUCUUGGCCUUGUUACUGAGCUCUUUUAGUGCAGACAACCUUGCAGCCAGUGAUGAUGAUGGUGAAAUGAACAACUUGCAAAUCUCUGUCAUCCGGAUCAAAAAGGGCAUUGCUUGGAUAAAGAUUAAAGUGCAUGAAUUUGUACAGACGCACUUCAAGCAGAGGGAGGCAGAUGAAGUGAAGCCACUGGACGAGCUGUAUGACAAGAAGAUGAACUGCAUUGCUAACCAUACAGGGGCAGAUAUCAAUCGGGAGAUUGAUUAUCAGAAGAAUGGGAAUGGCACCACCAGUGGCAUUGGCAGCAGUGUAGAGAAGUACAUCAUUGAUGAAGACCACAUGUCAUUCAUCAACAACCCUCACCUCACUGUCCGUGUUCCCAUUGCUGUGGGUGAGUCUGACUUUGAGAACCUCAACACAGAAGAUUUCAGCAGUGACACGGACGCUGGCGGCAGCAAAGAGAAGCUGGAUGAUACAAGCUCAUCAGAGGGGAGCACCAUAGAUAUAAAGCCAGAGGUAGAAGAGGUACCUGUGGAAGCACCAGAAGAGUACUUGGAUCCUGAUGCAUGCUUUACUGAAGGCUGUGUGCAACGGUUCAAGAUCUGCCAAGUCAGCAUAGAAGAAGGACUGGGAAAGUCUUGGUGGAAUUUAAGAAAGACGUGUUUUCUCAUUGUGGAACAUAACUGGUUUGAAACCUUCAUUAUCUUCAUGAUCUUGCUCAGCAGUGGAGCUUUGGCCUUUGAGGAUAUUUAUAUAGAACAGAGAAAAACAAUACGCACCGUCCUGGAAUAUGCUGACAAAGUCUUCACCUACAUCUUUAUCCUUGAAAUGUUGUUGAAGUGGUGUGCCUAUGGAUUUGUGAAAUUCUUCACAAAUGCCUGGUGUUGGUUGGAUUUCCUCAUUGUAGCAGUCUCUUUAGUCAGCCUUAUAGCUAAUGCCCUGGGCUACUCGGAACUAGGUGCCAUUAAAUCCCUUAGGACACUCAGAGCCUUGAGGCCUUUAAGAGCGUUGUCCCGAUUUGAGGGGAUGAGGGUGGUUGUGAAUGCCUUGGUGGGUGCUAUACCAUCCAUUAUGAAUGUGCUGUUGGUCUGCCUUAUUUUCUGGCUGAUUUUCAGCAUUAUGGGGGUUAAUCUUUUUGCUGGGAAGUAUCAUUACUGCUUUAAUGAGACGGCUGAGUAUCGAUUUGAAAUAGAAGAGGUGAACAACAAGACAGAGUGUGAGAAGUUGAUGGAUCCCAAUGGAACAGAGAUUCGGUGGAAGAAUGUGAAGAUUAAUUUUGACAAUGUUGGUGCAGGGUAUCUGGCCCUCCUACAAAUUGCUACCUUCAAAGGCUGGAUGGAUAUAAUGUAUGCAGCAGUAGAUUCUAGAAAGCAAGAAGAGCAGCCCAAGUAUGAGGACAACAUCUACAUGUAUAUCUAUUUUGUCAUCUUCAUCAUCUUCGGAUCCUUCUUCACCUUGAAUCUCUUCAUUGGUGUUAUUAUUGACAACUUCAAUCAGCAAAAGAAAAAGUUUGGAGGUCAGGAUAUCUUUAUGACAGAAGAGCAGAAGAAAUACUACAAUGCCAUGAAAAAAUUAGGGUCCAAAAAACCUCAAAAGCCAAUUCCCAGGCCUCUGAACAGAAUCCAAGGCGCUGUCUUCGACUUUGUCACCCAGCAAGCCUUCGAUAUAGUAAUAAUGCUACUCAUCUGUCUCAACAUGGUGACUAUGAUGGUUGAAACCGACACACAAAGCAAACAGAUGGAGGAGAUCCUCUACUGGAUCAAUUUUGUCUUUGUUAUCUUUUUCACUUGCGAGUGUGUGUUGAAAAUGUUUGCCUUACGUCACUAUUAUUUCACUAUUGGAUGGAAUAUUUUUGAUUUUGUGGUUGUGAUACUCUCUGUUGUAGGUAUGUUUUUGGCAGAAAUCAUAGAGAAAUAUUUUGUGUCACCAACUCUCUUCAGAGUCAUCCGCCUGGCCCGUAUUGGUCGAAUCCUGCGCCUGAUCAAAGGAGCUAAAGGGAUCCGCACCUUGCUUUUUGCCUUAAUGAUGUCUUUGCCUGCCUUGUUCAACAUUGGCCUCCUGCUCUUUUUAGUGAUGUUCAUCUUUUCCAUCUUUGGGAUGUCAAACUUUGCUUACGUCAAGCAUGAGGCUGGUAUUGAUGACAUGUUCAACUUUGAGACAUUUGGCAACAGCAUGAUAUGCUUAUUCCAGGUCACUACCUCAGCUGGAUGGGAUGGGUUGCUCUUACCCAUCCUCAACCGUCCUCCAGACUGUGAUUUGGAAAAGGAACAUCCUGGGAGUGGCUUCAAAGGUGACUGUGGGAAUCCUUCCGUUGGGAUCUUUUUCUUUGUUAGCUAUAUCAUCAUCUCCUUUCUGAUUGUGGUCAACAUGUACAUUGCCAUCAUUCUAGAGAACUUCAGUGUGGCUACAGAGGAAAGUGCUGAUCCACUGAGUGAAGAUGACUUUGAAACCUUCUAUGAGAUCUGGGAGAAGUUUGACCCCGACGCUACCCAGUUCAUUGAAUACUGCAAGUUGGCAGACUUCGCAGAUGCUUUGGAGCACCCUCUUCGUGUUCCUAAGCCCAAUACCAUUGAGCUCAUUGCCAUGGAUUUGCCAAUGGUCAGUGGGGACAGAAUCCAUUGUCUGGACAUCCUCUUUGCCUUUACCAAACGUGUACUGGGUGACAGUGGUGAACUAGACAUCUUGAGGCAACAGAUGGAAGAGAGAUUUGUGGCUUCUAAUCCUUCCAAAGUGUCUUAUGAGCCCAUCACAACCACAUUACGGCGUAAACAGGAGGAGGUCUCCGCAGUGGUGAUCCAGAGGGCUUACAGGGUCCGUUUAGCAAGGAGGGGAUUUAUCUGCCGGAAAAAUGUCUCCAAUGCAAUAGAAAAUGGAGGGACAAAUAGGGAGAAAAAAGAAGGCACUCCAUCCACGGCUUCCCUCCCAUCUUAUGACAGCGUAACUAAGCCUGAAAAAGAGAAACAGCGAGCCGAAGAAGGGAGACGCGAAAGGGCAAAAAGGCAAAAAGAUGCCAGGGAAUCCAAAUGCUGA